AUGGAAUUAGUCAUUGAAAAAUUUCGUAAAUAUCGUCAUAAAUAUUAUCGUUCACAUGAGGAAAUAAUUGAAUUAUGGAUGAAUAUUUUAUCUGAAUAUGAUUUAUCAACAUUGGGUGAUGAAAAAUGGCUAAUACUUGAAACAGUACAUAAAUCAGCUUUACAUUGUUCAAAACAAUUAAUUGCUCUUCAAUGUCUUGAACAAUUAGAACAACAAUUUGAAACAACACAUCCUCAUAUAAUAAUAUUAAAUACAAUGUAUCCUGAAUCAACUGGAGAAUAUAAAAAAGUUGAAGAAAAUCGUUCAAAAUUAAUAGAAAAUAAUGAAACUGAUAUUAUUAAUAAAACUCUUGCUUUAAUUAAUGAUUUAGUUGAUAUUUGCACAAAUUUUUCUGAUUGUCCUUCAAGUUGUUUAAAGUCGAUUAAACAAUAUUGUCAACAAAUUAAUGAAGCUAUUGAUAGUGGUAGUUGUAUUGAACAAAACGAUUUUAAAAUCAUUUUAAUAGAAAUGAAAAAUUUUAUUAAAUUAAUCAAUCUUAAUGAUUUUGAACAAGAAAGAUUUAAUCGUAUUAUAUCUGUUAUUGAAAAUUGUUUCAACAAAUUCUCCAACGAGAAUAUUAAAAGUAAAGCUGAAUUAAUUAAGAUGAAAUACAACAUGAUAUCAACACAACAAAAGCAAGAUGCUAAAAUUAAAAAAUGUGAAGAAAAAAUGGAUGAAUUACAUAAAGAAAUUUUACAACUCGAAGAAACAACCAAGAGUAAUGAAAUCAUUAGUGAUGUUUUUGCCUAUCUUCUUCAACCAUUCACAAACAAAGUGAAGGCAGAAUUUGAAAAAAUGAAUGCAGCUAAAAAUGAACCUAAAUAUGAUUUGUUAAAGUGUUAUAAUAUGAAAGUACUAGAAAAAAUUCAAUCCAACGAUUAUAUUAAAACAGAUACUGCAUGCAUGAUUGACAAUUUAAUAACAGAAUUUGUUGCUGAUUCACGAAUAGAACGUUCUAAUUUCAUCGAAUUACUUAUGGAUAAAAAAGAUCGAAAUUAUAAAUGCCAUACUCUUCUCAAUAAUUAUAUCGAUGAUAUUAUCAACAAACAAAACAAUGAAAAUACUAUAAUCGAAUUUUUAGAAGAAAACUAUCCUUGUACAAUAAUUAUUGAUGAUGAAGAAAAAGAUAAGCUAAUCAAAUUGAUAUGUUUAAAUAUCAAACUCAAAAAGAAAAAAAAUUUACCAGAAAUAAUUCUUGAUCAACAUUUUAAUAUUUUCCAACAUCAUGAUGAUAUGAUUCAUGAUCAACUUCGAAUGCCAAUUGUAGAUCAAUACAAAGAAAUGGGUACAAUUGUGAUGGGUAAAAUUGAAUCAGGAUGUUGUCGUGUUGGUGAUAAAUGUAUAAUUAUGCCAAAUGAGAUACAUGUUGAAAUUACCAAUAUUUAUAAUGAAGAUAAAGAUUAUGAAACUGAUUCUUCUGUUUAUGGAGAAAAUGUUCGUCUUAAAUUAAAAAAUAUUGAAGAAAAAGAAAUUUCAUCUGGUUUUAUUUUAUGCAAUGCUAAACAAAAACUAUGUCGUGUUGGAAGAAUCUUUGAAUCAGAAAUAACGAUAAUUAAAUAUCCAUCAAAAAUUUAUCCAGGUUAUUUAACUGAUCUUCAUAUUCAUACAACUGUAGCUGAAGUUCGAUUAAAAAAAUUAAUAGCAUUAAUUAAUCCUGAAACAGGUGAAAAAAUUCUAGAAGAUCCAAAAUUUAUAAAACAAAAUCAAGUUGCAAUUGCAAGAUUUGAAUUAUCACAAUCUCAACAAAUUAUUUGUAUGGAAUUAUUUAAAGAUUUUCCUCGACUUGGUCGAUUUGCAUUAUGUGAUGAAGUGAGAUAUAUAGUUGAAGGUAGUAUAUGUAUUCGUGAUGAUUGUUUAGCAAUAGGUGAUCAAAUAACUGAAGUUAAUGAUCAAUCAUUUAAUGAAUUUUCUAAUGUUGAAGCACUUUAUUUAUUAUAA